GCUCCACUUUGACUCUCCGUUCCUGCAUCUCCCCAUAAAGCUCCCAGUUAAGCGUCUGAGUCUCACAUGUCAAUAGAAUCUCUCAUUUCAGUCAAACCCAUUUUUACUACUUCCGUCUCUCUCAACUCUCCCCCUUCUUAGGGUUUCUCUCACUCUCUCUUUCUCUCUUAAUUUAUUUUAUUUUAUUUCUCCGUUGUCUAAGUUUCUCCAUCAAAGACCAAAUCUUUCGUUUAUUUAAAGUUUGGGUUUUGUUCUUGGAAUUUUCCCAACGUGAUAAUCUCGCGGUUUGGUGUGGGAAAAGCGUCGAAAUCGAACAAAGGGAUUGACAUUUUAGGGCUUCAAAUUGCGUGAGCUUCGCUUCGAUUGGUUUUUUUGAGCAUAAAAUCUGCUCAAAAAACCCCCACCAAAGAUUUCCACUUUAGUUCUUGGACCGCGUAAAAUAAUUUGGUUCCAAUUUUUGGUAAGAAAGAGUGAUGCGCUGAGCAAUGGCGCUUAGGAUGCCAGCUCCAAAGGCAGCUGAGAUUGCCAUUGGGUCCAUUGGAUGUGGGUAUGAUAUCGGAAUGGAUCUUAGGCUGAAGUACUGUAAACGGGAUUCAAAAAAUUCAUGUCUUAUUGAGAUUGAUGAAGACGGAGGCCGUGACAUUGUUUUGCCUGGUGGAAUUUCAAUACCUAACGUGUCCAAAUCAAUAAAAUGCGAUAAAGGGGAGCGUACACGAUUCAGGUCGGAUGUCCUCUCCUUCCAACAGAUGUCAGAGCAGUUCAACCAAGAAAUAUCUUUGACUGGAAAAAUACCUUCAGGCCUCUUCAAUUCCAUGUUUGAGUUCUCUGGUUAUUGGCAAAAAGAUGCUGCCAAUACUAAGACGCUUGCUUUUGAUGGAGUGUUCAUCACUCUCUACUCAGUUGCACUGGAGAAAUCUCAGAUGGUGCUACGAGAUCAUGUCAAGAAAGCAGUCCCAUCUACAUGGGAACCUGCAGCAUUGGCAAGGUUUAUUGACACUUAUGGCACCCAUAUUAUUGUUGGUGUGAAGAUGGGAGGGAAGGAUGUUAUUUACAUAAAACAGCAGCAUUCCUCUAAUCUUCAACCUGCUGAUAUCCAGAAAAGAUUGAAGGAUAUGGCUGAUAAGAGGUUUUUAGAUGCCAAUGGACAUUAUACCGUGGCGUCUGAGCAAGAUUUCCAGAGUGACAAGUUUGAAAUCAGGGAGCAGCGGCUAAGGUUUGCACAUAACAGUCCGUCAAGUUCAUAUGCACAUAAAGAGGAUAUUAUAAGCAUUUACAAAAGGAGAGGUGGAAGUGAUAAUAGAAACCUAUCUCAUAAUGACUGGUUACAAACAGUUCAGUUAGAGCCUGAUGUGAUCUCAAUGUCCUGUAUCCCAAUUACUUCUCUAUUGAAUGGAGUCCCGGGUAGUGGAUUUCUGAGCCAUGCCAUCAAUCUGUAUUUGCGAUAUAAACCACCAAUUGAAGAACUCCACCAGUUUUUGGAGUUUCAGCUUCCAAGACAGUGGGCACCGGUUUUCAGUGAACUUCCUCUUGGUCCACAACGAAAGCAACAAAGUACUGCAUCUUUGCAAUUCAGCUUCAUGGGGCCCAAGCUUUUUGUGAACACUACACCGGUUGAUGUGGGUAAAAGGCCAGUGACUGGCCUCCGACUUUAUCUAGAAGGAAAAAGGAGCAACCGCUUGGCCAUCCACUUACAGCACCUUUCCUCCCUUCCAAAAAUCUUCCAACUUGUAGAUGAUCCAAAUGGGAACUUCUGCCAAAAGUCUCAUGAUCGUAAUUACUAUGAGAAAGUUUAUUGGAAGAACUACUCUCAUGUAUGCACUGCCCCUGUUGAGUCUGAUGAGGAUCUUUCCAUAGUAACUGGAGCCCAAUUGCAGGUUGAGAAUCAUGGUUUUAAAAAUAUUCUCUUUCUACGGCUACGCUUCUCAACUGUCUUGGGAGCUAUGUCUGUUAAGCAUCCAGAAUGGGAUGGAUCACCUGGGUUGGCACCCAAGUCAGGACUCAUAUCCACACUAAUCAGUCAUCACUUCACAACAGUACAGAAGCCACCUCCAAGGCCAGCUGACGUGAAUAUAAAUUCUGCUGUUUAUCCUGGAGGUCCUCCUGUGCCUGUGCAAGCCCCCAAGCUUUUGAAAUUUGUUGAUACAACAGAGAUGACAAGAGGGCCGCAAGAAAUUCCUGGAUAUUGGGUCGUUUCUGGGGCAAGAUUACUUGUUGAGAAGGGAAGGAUCUCUCUCCGGGUUAAGUAUUCUUUAUUGACUGCAAUAAUGCCUGAUGAAGAAGGGAUAGAGGAGCACUAGCAGAUUUCUGUCAUUACAUAUUUUGCUUCCCUGUUUCUCUUUGCCCAUCAUGGAAACAAAUACAAAUAGGAAACAGUUACCGAAGAUCAGAGAAUCCAAAAAAGAGGAAAGAAAGAAAAACAGAAAGGAGUAUGAACCGAACAGUUUACACUGGUAAACUUCUUGGGGAUGAGUGAAGGGAAAGGGAGGUUAAAGAGCUGAGGGGAUAGGAUAGGGUGUGUUGGAGAUGGUGGUUUGGCUGUUUCAUUGUAUCAUUCAUUACAAAUUUAAUCCUGUAAUGUAAUAUUUUUUUCCCUUUGUUUCUAAUAUCAAUUCGUCAAGUGGCAAUGUGCAAUGAGCUUUAAGGUUCAUAAGGCAUCCUCUGCUCUGUUUGAUGCUCGAUUUGGAAGGGCUUUUCUUUGUA